CCUAAAGGAUACCAUAAAAUUUGGCAGUCCCAUUUUUCACCGGAAUCCUCAUCUUCUUCGUGUCCGGAGUUUCGGGGCAAGUCGAAAGGUUAAUCUAGGGUUUGUGGUUUUCUUCCGACGUCGCGCGCGCGCCUCUGCGUUUCAAUGGCGAUGGAGCAGAUCACCGAGGGAGUCAACAGCAUCGCCCUGAACGGCGACUCCAUCAAGAAGAAUCGCAUCCAAGUCUCCAACACCAAGAAGCCUCUCUUCUUCUACGUCAACCUCGCUAAGAGAUAUAUGCAGCAGUACAAUGAGGUGGAACUUUCUGCUCUUGGGAUGGCUAUCGCGACAGUGGUCACCAUCGCCGAAAUUCUGAAGAACAAUGGAUUUGCUGCAGAGAAGAAGAUCACAACGUCAACUGUUGGUAUAAAGGAUGAAUCAAGAGGGCGACCUGUCCAAAAGGCCAAGAUAGAGAUAUUGUUGGGGAAGUCAGAGAAGUUCGAUGAAUUGAUGGCAGCUGCUGCUGAGCAGACUGAUACUGGAGCCACUGAAGAGCAGAGUUGAAAACUUGAAAGGGCGUCACCAUUUGCCAUUUGCUUUGUGGUCUGUGGCUAAACAUGAUCUGUAGAAUAGUCCUGAUUGAGUUUGUACCGCUGGAAAUUUUGUAGGAACGAGAAUCAAGUCCAAUCUGUUGUCCAUUUCUUUUCCAUUGAAUUUUUCCUGUUGAUGUCAUGAUUUGUGCGCGGUGCAUAUGCGUGACUAGCAUAUAUCUAUGCAGUCUCGAUGUGUUUUUAUGUACUUGGAAGUAAUCAUGCUUGGUUGA